UCGUUCCAAUUUAUCCUGACACAGUAAGUGGGCUAGGCUUCCAAGCCAAAGCUAUCUACGCGAAUCCGUGAAGAGACUGACGUCUCGCGUCAAAAGUCACGAUCUUACGCAGUCGUCGAUACUCGAACAUUCUCGAUUACGAUCGCCAAUUUACGGACAACCCGUCAGUAACGAGUUUAAACCCACCUAAUUUGAUUCACCAUGCAUACCAGUUCGCUGGUGUUGGCCGCCGUGCUGGCCGUCGCGUCGUUAUCUACCGCCGAGCCUGAGAACAGACCAAAGAUCUACUUCCCUAGGCACGUCAAGAGGCAGUACACUAAUCACACCAUCACGAGCUCGGCCUCGCAAAGCACGAAUAGUGAUUUGGCAGAUUCGACAUCGCACUCGUCAACAAAGAAGGAUACGAUAUCUGAUCUUCUGUCUAGUCUUCUAGGAGGAACUUUCGAUGGAAGCGAUUCGACAACAGGAAGCACAACAUCGACCCCUGCGACUACUCGUGGUGCUACCCCUACUAAAGCGCCAUCGACGACUAAAUCUUCUGGGUCUGAAUCGAAGGGAACAACGGAGUCAAGCAGUCAUGCUGGCUCCACAGGAGGAACGGGAUCUCCGCCGCUGAUCUCUUUACCAACCCUCAGUCUGGAUGUUCCAACGUUAUUACCUCCUGCGUCAUCAGAUUCAACUUCCGUUAUCGCCAACAAGACGGCUUCUGCCACAGAAUCGUCUGUAUCCACUACCGCUCCUGGCGUUUCGACGACGGCUUUGACAACUGGUGACUCGACGAGUGUUUCCCUUAACGAAUCCACGAGCGACCCUACUACGACAAUCCCUUCAUCAUCAUCUGGUAUUGUUAUUGCUCCUACAGGUGUUGUCACUCCGACCUCCACAAGCUCGGAUGGCGGACUUCUCGGCGGCGUGACGAGUCUGGUUGGUGGUGUUACUAGUGCCAUUCUGCCGACUGCGUCAGCGAACUCUACGGAAUCAGGUGCAGCUACUUCUAGUGAAACUAGCACGGAUAGCGGACUGUUGCCAAUUAUCGAUCCCACCACGUCGUUCCCUGGUACCGCCCCGACGGCCUCCAGCACUGGCUCUGCUUCUUCCUCUAGCACGGAUACGCCUAUUAUCAGCUUGCCGCCUAUUUUGGGUACGGGCUCGUCUUCUCUCACGAUCCCAACAUCGGUUCCCCUUACAAUCGGCAACUCUACGGAGUCGAGCACAGUUCUUCCGACCGGAUCUUACAGCACUAGCCUGCCCUUGACAACGCCUACCGCUGUUCCCAGCAACACCACAGCGACAACCGAUUCUACUAGUCUCCCAACAAUCACCUCGCCAACAGUCCCAAUUAACAGCACUCUUCCGCCGACUCAACUUCCUACUACUGAGUCAUCGAGCAUCUUCACAGUUCCUCAAAAUGUGACGACUCCCUCUCAGACAAGUGCCGAGCCGACGUCGACUGUUGAACCGACGAGCACUCUAUCAACGCCAUUCUCGACUAGUGUUCUACUUACGUCUACUUCUUCGUCUACCUCGGCGCCCGCCGUUACCAGUGUUCCUAUCGUUGGUACAAUCACAAACUCGGAGUCCUGGCUACCGACUACGAUUAUCGUUCAACCUUCUAACACUCAAACCUCUUCUCAGCAGACUACUGCUACGGCUAUCCCCACAACCCUACCGCAGGCGAUUACUCCAUGGACAGACGCUCCCGAGCAGCCCGAGGGCACGACCCUCAUUCAAAUUUCUUUCCUCUACGGCGAGAACUACCAACACCUUGUGGACGAGCCUCUUGCUGCCUCCCAGAUGUUCUACCUGCUUCCUCAAGGUCUUGCUCACGGUGGUGGCUACGAUACCAGCAGAGUUGUUAUGUACAGCAUCAAGCCAUACAACACUAUCGCUCGCUAUGGUUACAUCACCUCGCAAGCAAUGGUAUACUAUCCCACAGAGGGUAUUUCUAAGCUUGCUGAUGAUAUCGGAUACCCGACUACCGCGCUAUACAACAACCCGAACUCGUUGGUACGUAACCUGACCAAUGAGAUCAACCCAGCGAUUGGAAUUAUGCCAGGUGAUACGUUGGAUGGUGCUCCGGAUAGUGCUGGAGGUAGCGGAGCGGAUCCUUCUGAUUCCUCUUCUCCCAACAACGAUCCCUUUGAUACCCAGGGCCCUGGUGAGAAGACCACGAGCGCGCAACAAGGAAUGACUGCCGGUAUUGCUGUUGGAGCUGCUAGUGUUGCUGGUGCUUACGGUGCUGCGAUGUUUAUCAUUGCCCGCCGCUACAAGCGCAAGAAGCAGAGACACCAAAGAAGCAGCUCUGUCACUUCCCCCUCGGAAAUGCGACAGACAGGAAGCCCGGCUCUGAUGGGUGGCGCGUUAUUAAGUCGAGAUUUCACCGCAACCAGCCCCGGUGGUUACGGCGGAGCUGGAGGAAACACUCGCGACAGCCAAGGUAGUGGAAGGAGUGGGAUGAACAACUCGGCACGUACCGCCACCAUUUCGGCGCCAGUUGCGGCUGAGAACUCUCUUGGCUGGAACUGAGCGAACGUAUACGACCUGCACGUCACAUCCGUUUCAUUUUAGUUAUAGUUCGAUACCCAUCCAGAAGGCAUAGCCUGUUUCGUACAGAAGCCACUGUGGGCGGCCUGCCUAAGGAUUUGCGACCUCUUGUGAGCAUUUCACGUCAGGUUUUCUUGUGAUUUACAUUCUAAGACGGCUGGUUUUUUUAUCAAUGGGAUCUAUUUUCUGAAAAUCUACCGCCGAAAAAAUAGUUACGAAUCCUCGGCAUCGAUGAGAGAUCUUUACGCCCACCUUUUGCUGGCGUGGAUCUGAUGACCAGGUACUUUUAAUCUAAUGCGUUUACUUGUACUCGAAGGGGAGUAGGAGGAAGCGUUGCGAGGUGAUUUCUAUGCCGGCUUGGAGUAGAGGCUUUGAAAGGGGGAGGAAAGGAGGGGAGUUGCUGAAAAAGAUGGACUCUAGAGGACCGGCGGCGUAACGACCGACCGGGGAAUUGUACAUUUAUGACUGAUGCCUGUUCCGAAUAUGAACGUCUGGUUCGAAUUUGGUCGAAGGGAGAUCGUCGAUUUUUCUAGAAACACGGCGGUUCGUUUUGUCUACUUUCGGGAGCGGUCCUCUAGAGUCAUUGUGUGUAAUGGUUGAUAUAUACCACGAAUAGACGAAAACAAAUUAUUAAAAAGUUCUUUUGAACGACCUACGUAUGC